CCCUGUGACACUGCCGGAGGGAGCCAUGGCCACAGACAACCCCGUGGAAAGUCUCCAGGAGGAAGCUAUGUGCCCCAUCUGUCUGGAGUAUUUUAAGGACCCGGUGAUUAUAGACUGUGGGCACCAUUUCUGCCGAGCCUGCAUCGCCCAGUGCUGGGAGGGAUCGAAUACAGACGUCUCCUGCCCUCAGUGCAGAGAAACUGUGCAACAGGGAAACCUCAGGCCGAACAGGAAGCUGGCAAAUGUUGUAGAAAUGGUCAAACGGCUGAGUUUACAGGCAGCAAAGGGAGCAGGAGAGGAGAGGGUGUGUGGGGAACACCAGGAGACUCUGAAACUGUUCUGUGAAGAGGAUCAAACUUCUGUCUGUGUGGUUUGCCAUCUGUCCCGGGCUCACAGAGAGCACAGGGUGGUUCCCAUAAAGGAGGCUGCCCAGGAGUACAAGGAGAAACUCCAGGGAGCCCUGGGCCCUCUGAGGAAGGAGCUGGAAGAGACCCUGGCUCUGAUGUCUGCAGAGGAGAAGAAAACCACAGAGUGGCAGGGGAAAGUGAAGAAUAGGAGAGAGAUGAUUGCAGGUGGAUUUAACAAACUGCACACACUGCUGAGAGAGGAGGAGCAGCUGCUUCUGCAGAGCCUGGAGGAGGAGGAGAGGGAGACUCUGCAGAGACUAAGGGAAAAUGUAACCAAACUCUCCCAGCAAAGCUCCUCUCUGCAGCAGCUGAUCACAGAGAUAGAGGAGAAGUGUCAGCAACCAGUUGUUGAGCUGCUAAAGGAUGUGAAAAGCACAUUGAGCAGGAGUGAGAAUGUGAAACUCCAGGAACCAGAAGCUGUUUCUACUGACCUGAGGAACGUGUAUAAAAUUUCCCUGGAUAUGAGGGAAGCGCUGCAGAGAUUCGGAGUGGACGUGACUCUGGAUCCAGACACGGCUCAUCCCAAACUCGUCCUGUCUGAGGAUCGGAAAAUUGUGAGAUGCAGAGACAAACGCCAGGAUCUGCCCGACAACCCUGAGAGAUUUGAUACGUACCCUGAAGUUCUGGGCGCUGAGGGGUUCACGGGCGGGAGGCGUUACUGGGAGGUGGAAGUGGGAGACAAGACUGACUGGGCUCUGGGGGUUUGUAGGGAAUCUGUGAGCAGGAAGGGGAAGGUCACAUACGCACCUGGGAAUGGAUUCUGGGUCCUGUGGCUGGGGAAUGGAGAAUAUGAGGCCUGCACCUCCCCCGCGACCCCCCUCCCCGUGAGCGUCAGGCCCAGCCGGGUGGGGAUUUUCCUGGACUAUGAGGCGGGCGAGGUCUCGUUUUACAAUGUGACUGACAGGUCCCAUCUCUUCACUUUCACUGGCACCUUCUCCGGGAAGCUCCGCCCUUAUUUCUGUCCUGGUCUCAGCACUGGGGGUACAAACGCGGCUCCCAUGAUAAUCUGCCCGGUCCCAGCUGAGGCCGGAGGGAAUCUCAGUCCCUGACAGUGACCCCGCGGCACAGACUGGCCCCUCCCAGCCCUGCUGCUCUUCCCGCCCCCAGUAGUGGGGGCCAGUUACUGCAGCAACUGGACUUUCUGUGCUGACCGGAUGCUGCCAGUUUCCCUUCUCAACUGUAGGUCGAAAACCGGACACCUGGGAACCUCCAGCCCCCACCUUUCCCCGUCCCCCCCGGGGGUAGCAGAUGGUGCUGGAUGGGGUCAUUCACUCCUGUCAGAAUUUUCUAUCCAUGUGAAAUCUAAUGUAAAAUAUGAAAGAAAAAAAUUCUAAUUUAGAAAAUAUGAUUGUAAGAUAAUACAAGAAUAUUUUAUUUACAUUUCAACAAUAUUUCAAAAACAAGCCUCUAAAUAUAUUUCUAGAAAUGGAAUUAUUUACAUUUUUUUUAUUUUCCCCUCAAAUCUAUAGUGAAGUUUAAUAUCUCUAAAUAACGUCAUUUGUAUUUCAACUGUGGAAUUUCAAGAAAUCCAAAAUAUUUAUCUUAACACAAUAAAUUAUUAAAUUGUCA